CAAGGUGUCCCCUUCUUUUUCUUUGCCGACAGUCAUCAUCUUCUCAUUCAUCUGCAAUCAUCAUCAUCUUCCCCAUCUCCACUUCUCUAGAUUCCAAAAUCCCAAAUUCUCCCAUCUCAAAUCUAACAGAUUUGGGAAUUGGCAAGAGCCAAGAAGGAUUUUUGAGUCUAACACAACAAUUUCGUUGGGUUAUAAUAUCAUGGCUCAAAUUAGAAAAUAUCCUUCGGGUGCUCAAAACAGAAAAGAAAAGCAAAAGAGAGAUGCAUUAGUUAAGCUUCAAGCCGGAUCUCUUAGUAAGUACUUCAACACAAAUAAUAAACAAGCACAAACUUCAGCUGAUGCAAGUAUACUUGAGAAUGAGAAGGAUGUUGAAGAACAUGAUCAGUUAAUGACUGAAAACGAGAGUGCAGAACUGAGUCAAGGUCUUAAUGCCAAUGAAAAUGAUUAUCUUAGUCAGCCUAUAAAUGAAAGUGGUGGUACAGACGAACCAAAUCUUCCAGUGAAUGAGGAAGAAAAUAUCAUUACUGAAGAUGAUCAAAACAAAGAUUCAAGUGCAGAAUUUGAAUUAAUAUAAUAUUUUGGUAAAUGAUAUUGGGAUUGCUAUAUUUCUAUGUUACAAUGGGGAGCCCCAUUUUUGCUUUUGGCCUAGAGCCCCUAAAAACUCAGGGCCA